AUGGUCGACGCCACCACUCAACGUGACAUACCUGAUGGUCGACCGUCAUCCAAUCAACGUGACAGACCUGAUGGUCGACCGUCAUCCACUCAACGUGACAGACCUGAUGGUCGACCGCCAUCCACUCAACGUGACAGACCUGAUGGUCGACCGUCAUCCACUCAACGUGACAGACCUGAUGGUCGACCGUCAUCCACUCAACGUGACAGACCUGAUGGUCGACCGUCAUCCACUCAACGUGACAGACCUGAUGGUCGACCGUCAUCCACUCAACGUGACAGACCUGAUGGUCGACCGUCAUCCACUCAACGUGACAGACCUGAUGGUCGACAGUCAUCCACUCAACGUGACAGACCUGAUGGUCGACCGUCAUCCAAUCAACGUGACAUACCUGAUGGUCGACUGUCAUCCAAUCAACGUGACAUGAAUUCAAUUCCGGUUCUCUGCUUUAUUUACCGACACAUCUUUAAAAAAUAUAAUGAACCUUCACCCUAA